CAGUCACGUGUUAUGAACACAUGUGACGUUUGAUUGACGGGUCGUGCUUCAUCGUAAAAUUUUAAAAUUUGGUGCAAGGAAGAAGUGAAUAUUGAAACAUCACGAUUAUGAAUUUCAGCUCGGGAAAAAAGAACAAGGAGCCGUACAUUCUUAUCGAUAAAAACUUCAAUCCUAAAGAUGCGUGCAAGAAGCUCACGGAGUUGGCCCGGGUGAGCAAGAAUUUUCCAGUGAUUGGGUUGGACUGUGAGUGGGCACAAUCAAAAGGACCGUGCUUGUUGACUGCAGAGGUAGAUGAAGUGAGGAGUAACCAUCACCUACUCAGUGCUGCCAGGGUGCCCAACAUUAGACAUCCUGUGGCGAUCCUCCAGCUUGCCACAAAGGAUAAUCCAGUUCUCAUUAUUCGACUGAGUCAAAUAAUCGCCCUCGAAGAUGACCAUUUAGACUGGCAAAUUUUUUUCAUUCGACUUAAAGAUUUGUUGAACUCGGCCGAAGUUCUAAAAGUGGGCGUGUCUAUCCAAACCGACACAUCCCACCUAUUCUACGACUACAACUUGUACACAGUGAACUGCUUGGAUUUGCAACAUAUUGCAGCUCACUACGAAUACCCAAAAUCAGGAUUGACUUAUUUAGCCAAGAGGCUUCUUAACGUAGACCUCCCGAGGUUUGCCGCUUGGAGAACUGAUUGGGAUGGCCCUGUCCUAUCUCCUGAGGCUCUUAAAUACGCCGCUGACGAUGCAAAGAUGGCCGUGCUUAUCUUUGAAAAGUUCCUGGAGCAGAGUAUCCAGGAAACUAAAAAGAGUUCUAAACCUGUGAAGAAUUGUGCGGAUUUCAUAAAGUUGUGGCGAUACAAAAUCGAUGUAAUAUACCGAUACAGAUGCCCUCCGGACCCUAAUGAGCAAAAAAUAAAAGAUGGAGAAGCCGACACAUCAGGGGACACAGCAGAUGUAGAAGCAGAUAGCACCACUAUUUUACCUCCAAUACAUGCAAGCCCUUCGAGACUGGCGCUACACAACCAAAAAGAUGACGACAGAAACAUGGAAUAUAGAACAAGUGCAACUGAGACUGAAAACACCAAAUCGCAUCCAAAAAUGUCAUUUUAUAAGCUAAUCCUGAUUAUGAACAUUAUCGUUAUAUUACUGGCUGUUUUUAUCAUAUUUAAGUUAGUACUAGGUCGAUAGAAUUACUGAAUUUGAAAACAGGUAGAUGUUUGAGGUAUUUCAAACCCUAGAAAUAAUAAACACUUACUUAACAUUUAUUUUAAAAUUAUUACAACUUUAGAUCACAAUAUUUAUAAAUAUACAAUUGACAAUA